CGACAUCUCUCCUACACACAACAUAAGUCAUACCAAGCAUCCGGAAUGCGUGCGAGCCUUUUCCUCCUGAGCUGCUUGACAGCCAGCUCUCUUGCAGCGCCAACACUAUUGGACGAGGGCCUCUUCAAAAACUCGAACUCCUGUGACACGUCGAAGAUCGCACUACCCUCAUAUGCAUCUUCAUUGCCCUCACCAUCCGGCAUGAGCGCAAUUUAUGUUGCGGUUGGCCGUGGAACACAAAAUUAUACCUGUGCGACCUCCUCCUCAAACUCCACCCCGGUAGCCAUCGGCGCCGUGGCACGCCUCUACGACGCGACCUGCCUGGCAGCCAACUACCCGGACCUGCUGGAAACACUUCCGGGUAUCGUGUAUCAGAACGCGCUGCCCAGUAGCGAGGAGACUCCUCUUCCGCCAGCGAACCUCAACCUUCUGGGCCACCAUUUCUUCAGGGACACGACCACCCCGGUUUUCAACCUCGACACUACAUCUUCCGAGCAGCACGGGAUCGCGAUCACGAAGAAGCUCGACGCCAUCGAUGCUCCGUCGAGUGCCAUUAAAGGCCAAAACGGCGCCGUCCAAUGGCUUUACCUCCAUGCGAUUAACGGCACCGUCGGAGAAUACGAGGGCGUCUAUCGGGUGUCUACCGUUGCAGGCUCCGCCCCGGACACUUGCGAGGGCAUGCACUCAAAUUUCACGGUCCAGUAUUCCGCGCUGUACUAUUUCUAUGGUGCGUAAUAGUGCUUGGGAAAGAAGGGUAGGGGAUUGAGCGAUCGCACUGUAAAUAGAAGGGGUUAGAGAAUUGACAUGGUUAAUGACAUCAAG